AUGUCCUCGCGUGCAAUCCGGAAAUUGCAGAAGCUGCGCGAGCAGGAGCUGCUACAACAACAAGAAAAUGAAGACGCAUCUAGUGACGAUGAACCCCCACGCCCCGCGAAGCCAAAGUUUAACGCUUUCGAUCUGCUCAACGCUGGCGACGAUGACAAUGACGAGGAAGCCGAAUCAGAGGAGGAUACCCAGGAAUCUGUGAUUCAGCAACCGGAACCUGAGCCUGCACCGGCUGAACCUAAGAGUGCAAGCAAGAAGAAGAAAAAGAAGAAGAAGGCUAAGGCGGCGGUGGUGACUGAGCCAGAUAAUGGAUCCGAUGAUGAGCUGGACGAAAUCGAUCGAGCUCUGAAAGAUCUCGCGACUGAUGGUCAACUGCCAGCCGUUGGGGCAGCCACGACAAACAAUAUCCAGGAUGCCUCGUUCCCAAAGACCACCGACGAACUGCUUGCGGUCGAUCCCAAAUUUUUGAAUGCGACAAAUGAGAUGAAGCGGCUAUUUGGCAACGUCGUUUUGGAAAACUUCGAUCAACCAGCCGAUGCAGGUACUGGUCGUCGGCGGGAUCGCAAUCGGGAAACGGUAGACCUUGGUCGAGCCCUGACCGGACGAUACAGUCCGGCCAGCAGAGGUCAGAGUUUAGCAGGUGUGACACUACGGCGGAAUAUUUUGAUGCAAGGCAAGGAUGAAUGGCCUCGAGCACCGAGUGGAGGGCUCGGCAUGGAGCUUGAGGAGAAGUUCGCUUCAGGUGUUACACUCUACCGUAUCGUUCACAAUGCGGGCUAUCAGGAUGUACAGAGACAAUUUGAGCUCUGUGUUGAGUCGAUGGACCCACAGCGCCUGAUUCACCAUCUUCAAUACAAUCCUUAUCAUAUUUCGACUCUUCUUCAGGUCUCUGAGAUUGCCAAACACCAAAGUGAUCAUGCUGUCUCUGCCGACCUCUUGGAACGAGCACUCUUCAAUAUUGGACGCUCGGCCCACUCAUCAUUCAACACGCGUCUGAGAGAAGGUCAGGCCAGACUAGACUUCUUACAGAUGGAGAAUCGUGAGCUGUGGUUGGUUGGCUGGAGGUACAUAGCAAACUUGGGCAUGAAGGGAACAUGGAGAACGGCCUACGAAUGGGCCAAGCUACUUUUAAGCUUGAAUGACUCAGAUCCAUACUGCAUGAAGCUCCUGAUUGACCAUCUUGCUCUACGUGGCCGGGAAUACACUCAAUUCGUGGACUUGUGUACGCAAACACGGUUCAGUCGUGAUUGGGCCGACCUUCCAAACAUCCAAUGCUCGCUGGUCAUGGCGUAUUUGCGGCUGAACAAGCCCCAGGAAUGUCGCCGGCAGCUUCAUCACGCCAUGUCUCGUUACCCGUGGGUGUUCAACCGGCUUGCCCAAGAGUUGGACCUUCAACACAUCCCAAAACAGAUCUGGGGCAAGAUGCCUCCGACUGGAUCUCACGAACUUCUCACCGAACUUUACAUCUCGCGAGCGAAAGACCUUUGGAAUACACCAGAGGCUGUUUCUCUAAUCGUGGAGGUUGCCGAUACCCUUUCCGAUGAUAAGGCGGCUGUUGAGCCACCAGAGAUUACGUUGGAUAUCGCCCGUCAUGUGGUACUGUCCGACAUUCCCAAAGUCACAACUCAUCUUCCAACCCGCUUCGUCUCCGGUCGGAUGUCUGCUUCAGAUCCUCUUCCACCCUAUGAGUCCGAAGCUUUCCGUCAGCAGGCCGACCCAACGCCAUCUUAUCUUGCACGAGUUCCAGAAGCCGGACGACCGCAAUGGCUCCGUGACCUUCUAGGUCAAAUGCAAAACGGUGGUGGUAUUCGGUUCCCUGGGCUUCAAGGGGGCGACGACGGAGAGGAUGCCGAUGCUGCUCCGCAAGAUGAGGCCGAGAAUGCCCCAUCCGGUGGUCGAGUACGUGCUUUGGAUGGUGAUCAACAGGUGCUUGAGUCAUGGAUCUUGCAGGAUGGGCUGGAAUCCCUUCAAAUGUUCCUACACGAAUAUGGAGUUGAUCGAGGGAAUUGGGGGGACGUGGUAGACUAUGGUCCACUGACCGAUUACCUCGAAGCUCUUGGGGAAAUCCAGCCUGAGGCGUCUAGACAGCGACUUCUUCACGGUCCUAUUCAGGAGGUGAUAGGAGAAUUUGCCGUCACUAUGCUUGAGGAUGAGCUAGAGAUGAUGGAGGAAGAGGCACUGUCCGAACAUAGCACUUAG